AUGUCUGUGAGUCCUCCUGGCGUGAACAGCAGUAUCAGUGUGAGUCCUUCUCGUCCUCUCGGCACGCCUACUCCGCAGCCCAUCUACUCUGCCAGUGCCUCCACUAUUGUCACCUCGGCCAUCACUUCUUCUUCCCCACCCAUGGUUUCUACGACCACCCCAGUGAGCUGCCUCAAUGGAGGGUCAUGGACGGGGGAGGCCUGCUACUGCCCUCCCCAAUUUACGGGAGAUCGGUGCCAGUAUGCGGUCGAGGUCUGCAACAAUGGAGGCUCCUGGGAUGGGCUCAAGUGCCUCUGUCCCGAACUCUUCUAUGGGCCAAGGUGUGAUGAUGUGGUCGACGGCGUGGAGAUGGCUGUGCCACAGACAGUCUCUGCCCUCAAGAAACUGACUGUGACAGUGACCAGCCAAGAAUACAACAGUAAGCUGCAGGACCCGUCUUCAGAAGAAUUCAAGAAUUUCAAUUCCACAUUCGCAGAGCAGAUGAAGAUAAUUUAUGACGGAAUCCCUGAGUAUGAAGGAGUCAACAUCACGCAGCUGAGGCCCGGCAGCGUGGUGGUGGAGCACGAUGUCAUUCUGAAGACCAAUUACACUCCAGAGUACAAGCAGGUGCUGGAAAAGGCCUCUGAGCAGGUGGAAAAGAAAAUCCUGAAUGCAACUGCAGAACAGAUAAGCAACAGUAAUAACACCUGCGUAGACUUCUUACUGUGUUUCAACUCAACUGCCACACUGGUGCAAAAUGCCACUGUUUUCCAGUAUGAUCCCGAAGAGGAGUGCCGGAAAGAGGCUGGGACCUACGCUGCCUACUUCACGGUGGAGUACAAGGACCAGAAGCCGUACUGCAUCACGCCCUGCAUGCCCGGCUUCAACGCCUCCCUGGACUGCCACUACGGCAAGUGCCAGAUGCAGCGCAGUGGCCCCCACUGCAACUGCCUGAUCACAGCCACUCACUGGUACCAGGGGGAGACCUGUGAGUGGGGCAUCCAGAAGAGCCUGGUGUACGGGCUCACGGGCGCGGGGGCGGCUGUGGUGCUCGUGGUCAUGGCCGUCCUCCUGGUGUUUGCACUGCGUGCCAGGAGAAUGGCAAAAAGGCAAAAGUACAGAGUGUCUCAGUUGUACAAGUGGUAUGAAGAGGGUGGUGGACCCACGCCUGGGACCUUCCAUAACACUGGCUUUGACCUCUCUGAAGAGUAUGCGCAGGUGGACUCUAUCUACGGCACCCUCCAGCCCUCCCUGGACAGCGUGAACUCAAAUGCAGAGAUCCAUAUUCAGAGGCCCCAGGUGAUAAUGACAGCGAUGUAAGGCAAAGGCGCUUUUGCGGGGAGCUGGGGAGGCUGGGAGUGACAAGACCGGCCCUGGCCACGCUUGCUGGAGCGUUUCCCCGCUGCGAGCAUUCCGCAGGAAUCGGAUGAGAAGCAACCCCUGUACCGAGCGAGGAAGAAGAGGAUAAAGCGACACCGUGGAAGCUCGCGUAGGUCUCCAUGUCUCAGGCGAGGCCUUUUUGCCGGCGCCAGAGGUUCCUGCUCCGGGCAUCCGCGUUCAGGACCAAGGACAGCGCCGAGUGCCUCGGGUGCCGGAGAACGGUUGGCACGCCGCUCCUAA